UGCGCUCAGGCGUCUCGGCGCGCCAUUUAAAACCAACUCUGGAAACGCGGAGGACAAGAUGGGACCUCCCUGGCCCACCACAAUGAAGAACUCUCCUUCAGGGACCCGUGGAUGCCACCACAGCACCUCCUCACCCUCAGAGCAGGUGUUCUCCAUGGCCCUGCCCAGGAAGGCCCCUCUCAAUACUCCUGGCACCCCAGUCCUUGAAGACUUUCCUCAGAAUGACGACGAGAAGGAGCGGCUGCAGCGGAGGCGCUCCAGGGUCUUUGACCUGCAGUUCAGCACAGACUCGCCUCAUUUGCUGGCCUCCCCCUCCAGUAGGAAUGUUGAUGUUUCAGCUACGAUUCCUAAGUUUACAAACACACAGAUUACUGAGCAUUACUCCACCUGUAUCAAACUGUCUGCUGAAAAUAAAAUCACCACCAAGAAUGCUUUUGGCUUGCACUUGAUCGAUUUUAUGUCAGAGAUUCUUAAACAGAAAGAUGCCGAACCGACCAACUUUAAAGUGGCUGCCGGCACUCUGGAUGCCAGCACCAAGAUCUAUGCUGUGCGCGUAGAUGCCGUCCAUGCUGAUGUAUACAAGGUCCUUGGUGGGCUGGGCAAGGAUGCACCAUCUCCGGAAGAAGAGGGCCAUGGUGCAGACGGAAGUGCAACCGAAACAGGAACAACCAAGAAGGCUCCAAAGCCAAGGAAGAAGCACUUGUACAAAACCAUCGAGCCGAAUAUAAACAACCUCAACGUCUCCGAAGCAGAUCGAAAGUGUGAGAUUGAUCCCAUGUUCCAGAAGACGGCAGCCUCGUUUGACGAGUGCAGUACAGCAGGGGUGUUUCUCUCCACCCUCCACUGCCACGACUAUAGAAGUGAGCUGCUCUUCCCCUCCGAUGUCCAGACUCUCUCCACUGGAGAACCUCUCGACUUGCCGGAUUUAGGUUGGGUGGAAAUGACCGAUUUAAAAGCGCCCCUGCAGCAGUGUGUGGAAGAUCGUCAGAUCUGCCCUUCCCUGGCGGGGUUCCAGUUCACUAAAUGGGACAGUGAAACACAUAAUGAGUCGGUGUCGGCCCUGAUGGACAAGUUUAAGAAGAACGAUCAGGUGUUUGACAUCAAUGCCGAGGUGGAGGAGAGCGACUGCGGGGACUUCCCUGUUCGGGCCUUGGAGGACGACUUUGGUGCCAAUGAUGAACCGGACUACGCCGCAGCUGGGGACCACACGGCAGCUGGGGACCACACCAAGUUCGGGAGCUGGAAGGAGCCCUGCCACGUUCAGAGCUGCCAAGAAGAAAUGACUCCCCUCGGGGAUGGAGACAUUUGGAGCUUGUGUCCCCUUCUAUCCAUGAAACCUGGAGAGUAUUCCUACUUUAGCCCCCGAACCAUGUCGAUGUGGGCUGGCCCGGAUCACUGGCGCUUUAGACUCCGGCACAAACAAGAUACUUCCUCGCAGUCAGAGAACAGAAAGAAGAGCACAAAGAAGGAUUUUGAAAUCGACUUUGACGAUGAUAUUGACUUUGAUGUAUAUUUUCGAAAAACAAAGGCUGCUACUAUUCUGGCCAAGUCUACUUUGGAGAACCAGAGUUGGAGAGCCACAACUCUUCCUACAGAUUUCCACUAUGAGACUGAAAAUCUUGUCCAGCUGCAUCUCAAACCAGGCACCAGGUUACUUAAGAUGGCCCAAGGCCAGAGGGCAGGGACCGAGCACUGUGAAGAAAUUGAAGACUAUGAUUACAACAACCCUAAUGACACCUCCAACUUUUGCCCUGGAUUACAGGCUGCUGACAGCGAUUAUGAAGAUGACUUAUUUGUGGGACCAGUUGGGACCUUUGACCAUUCUGGCCAUCCACCUACGACAACACAAGACAACGAUGACGCGCCUGAAGUCCAGGGAUUAGAUAUCACCACUUACGGGGAGUCAAAUCUGGUAGCUGAGCCCCAGAAGGUAAAUAAAAUUGAAAUUCAGUACGCUAAGGCUGCCAAAAAGAUGGACAUGAAGAGGCUGAAGCAGGGCAUGUGGAGUUUGCUGACGGAGACCCCCAAGCAGGAGGAUGCAGAGGCAAACCACAGAGAAAAUGGAGAGGCAGGGGACCCAGUCCAGGUGGCUGACAAGAAGCUCAGUGGGCUCACAAAGGACCUGCAGAAGAGCCUGCCUCCCCUCAUGGCUCAGAACCUCUCCAUACCUCUGGCCUUUGCAUGUCUCCUACAUUUAGCCAAUGAAAAGAAUCUAAAGCUGGAAGGAACUGAGGAUCUUUCAGACGUUCUGGUGCGGCAGGGGGAUUGAGUCCGUGGGGAGAGAAGCCCUUGCUUCCUCAGUGACCAGGAUGCCUGCACUUGGUGCUUCAGUGCCGUGGGCUGCUGGCGAGGCUACAGCUGACCGCGCUGUGUGUCUCCUGCUCUUCUCUUCUCUCCUUCACUGUCUGGGAACCAGCUGCCUGACGCUCUGUCCUUGAUUAAAGUUUUCUGUUCUGUGGUGACCACCUAGGAGGGAGGAGAGGGUCCUUACUAUCCUUGAUGAGGCAACUGUGUCCAUUCUUUGUCUCCAUGUAUAGUUUGUCUCCUAAAUUGCUCUGUUUUCAUACUUUAUUCUUGUAGAAAGGAAUUUCCCAGUAGGCACUUGUCUUUUAACAGCUACCAAAUCCAUGUGUAUAAAAUACAUCAUAAGUGUGCUUAUAAAUGUAUAUAUAAUGCUUAAAAAUAAAAUCAUUUGGAAUAA